UACAUUUUUAUGUUUACUUUCAAAUACGAUAAAUAAGAUUUUAUUUUUACAUAAAUGUAACUCAUUUUCAUUUGUUUUAAAAAAAUCAGCACUGUUUUCACAUUCCUAUGGCAACAAUAGCUAACGUAGCCUGGCACUCUCACCGUAUAAAAAGUCGUUUUAAAGUUAUAUUUUCCAACUAUUUCUCUAUAAUGCCAGUUAUUUCUGGUUUGUGAGAGAUUUCGUGAUCAAGUCAAAUGACUGUUUGUUUGUAGUUCGGUUUCAAAACGUUACAAAAGUUAUGGUUUCGAUCACUGUUAGCCAGCUAACGCUAGCAAUAUUUGACAGCAAAUGAUGGGCUUCAUUUCAACCACCGGGGAUAUUCGUUGAGACUAUAUUUUUGGACGUCGCAAGAGGGCGCUAAUGCAAUGUGAUUAAAUUUCACAGAAGAAGACAGCGGUAAAAUGCAAGCUAGCUAGCUUGAGCCUAUCGGAAGCAAACAGAAGAUGGAGGAUAACACCGAGGUCUUUGUGUGUGCCCCGGGCUUUUUUCGCUUCUCCAAAUGUGUUUUUCCACCGGGUUCGGCGGUCCGAGAUGUUCUGCAGCGGUUCGUCCAACAAUGGGGUGUAUCUCCCCAAGAUUUCUAUGUCUGCGCUUCCCGCCCGGAUGAGCCCCUCCGGGCCGGCGCCGUUUAUAACUUGGCGCCCCGUCUCCUGGGUGGCAAAGGAGGCUUUGGCUCCAUGCUGCGAGCGCUCGGCGCUCAGAUCGAGAAGACGACCAAUCGCGAGGCUUGCCGAGAUCUGAGCGGACGCCGCCUGCGAGACGUCAACCACGAGAAAGAGAUGGGCGAGUGGCUGAAGCAGCAGGCGGAGCGCGAGGCAGAGCGCGAGGAGCGGCGGGCCGAACGCUUGCGCAGGAAAACGGCCCGACCCCAGCACGAGUUCAGCGACCCCGAGUACCAACGCCAGUGCCACACCCUGGCCGAGAGGCUAGAGGACUCCGUGCUCAAAGGUUUGCAAGCGGCGUCCGCUUCGCGAGCGGGCCCUUCUUGCCGAGAACCUCCCGUCAAAAAGCGGAAGACCGAGGGGGCGUGUUCCUGGACCGGAUUGGACGACCUGAGCUCCGACAGCGAUGCGGAGUCCGCGGAAGAGCCCGGGCAGGAGGCGGAGCCCGAUACCGGUGGAGCGAGCGCGGCCUCCGGCGGCGAUUCGUUGCAGAACGGCGACUCCGCGAGCACACCCGACUCGGAGAGUCGCUGAAGCUGAGCGCCGAAAUGUCAAUAAUCAGAUUUUUUUUUUUUUUUUUCCCCCCCCAUUUUUACACACUUGUGGGGGCCCGGGCUCAGAAUCCAGGGUCCCAGGCGGUGACCUGCGGGACCUCGGCUUCCCGGAAACACUGAAUGACAUCACCGGGCUGGAAGGCCGCUUCCCCGUCGAGCGAGAGGCCGCACUCUGUGCCCGACUUGACGGUGCUCACGUCGUCUUUGUGAUGCUUGAGCGCCAGCAGGCCACCUGCCGCGCACAAAACAAACAAUUUCAAAAAAUAAACAUUUUUAAUUCAUUGCAA